AUGGCGGCGGGCGCUGGCGGCGGGGGCCAGGCCCCUGGAGGCGCAACAGAGCUCAACGCGUCCGAUUCCGAAGACAGUGCCAGCAGCGGUUUUGAUUGGGGCAGCCGCGCCAGCGACGGAGGAGGCGCGGGGCAAGCUCUGAGGCCGACGCCAUCUAUUGUCAGGUUGGGGCCGUGCACGUGCUACGUGGGCAACACUCGGUCGCAGCGGCUGCCCGAGAGGACCUGCCAGGUGCUCAACUUGGUGUCCAUGUGCGCCGUCGUGGCCAGCGUGUGCGUAACGGUGGCAGAGUCGUACGAGACUGUCAUCAACCACAUGUCCAACGCCCUCUAUCCAACGUCACGCUGGACGUCACUCUGGCGAUAUUCUUUGUCACGGAGUUCUUCGUUCGUCUGUGGGCAGCCGCAAACCGCUGCAAGUACGUGCGCUCCCUCAACGGGAUCCUGGAGGGCAGCAACUGCACACUCGCACCGGUCCUGGCGAGGGCGAUCCUGGGCACAGGCUCGGCGCAUGUACCCUCCUGCCCAGCCCUGA